AUGAGUGAUGGUCAAACGAAUGGCGUUCAUGUUACAGAGGCGGAUGAUUAUGACAAGGUCAAAGCGUCUAAGAUUUCCAAAAAGAAAGUAAAGCCCGCAAAAUGGGAGUUCGGAAAUUAUGUUAUCGUAGCUCAGUUCAACAUAGUCAACAAGGAAUUGCGCCUUUUGAAAUAUGCAGGUGUUGGAUGGGCAAUGUCCCUGAUAAGCCUGUUAACAGGUGUAUAUUAUAAUGUUGUGGUAGCUGUGUGUCUUCGCUAUAUUUUCGAUGUUAUCACUCUUCAGUCAUCAAAAUGGACGUCGUGCGAUAAUUACUGGAAUAGCGACAGUAGAUUUCGCCUACUUAAAAUAUCGGCGUCCAUAUCUGAGGUUGGAACGUUCAACUGGGAGAUAUUUAUCGCUUUGGUGACUGGCUUGGGUUAUAACGUGCCUGUCGUUGAUCAGAGGAGUUUCUGUUAUCGGAAAGAUCUCAUUUCUAACUGCCACUUUGCCUUAUGUCAUAAUAGGGGUGGUUUCUCAGUGAUCAUGUUGAUUCGCGGUGUCACAAUGGACGGAGCUAAAACAGGAAUCGAUUAUUACUUGCUAAAACCUGACAUGAAUAAAGUGUUCCGACUGAAGACAUGGUUGGAGGCAGCGAAGCAGUUGUGCUUUAGCCUCGGCAUUGGUUUCGGUGGACUGCUUGCGCUGGCUUCGUUUAAUAAAAAGGAUCACAACUGUUUCCGGGAUGCUAUCGUUGUGACCAUUUGCGACUGUCUUAUGAGUAUUAUUGGUGGUGUAGCAGUCUUCUCGACUCUUGGAGCACUGUCAAAGUCGUCCGGGAAGCCGAUUGAUGUUCUCUUCAAAUAUGACGGGCUGACUCAGAAUUUUAUCACCACACUUACUGAUCAAUUUACCGGCUCUACAGAAAUGGAAAGGACUUGUGUCCGGCUUCUACUGGUUUCAUCUCUUCUUCAACUCGAUCGGUGGAACUGCGGUGCUCAGCCUUUGCUUUCGUGGAAGUUUUCUUCAUUGUAUUCGUCUAUGGCAUACGAAAGCUGCGACGUGACAUACGAAAGAAUAUUGGAAUCCCUAAUGGGUACAAAGGUCGAAUCUUUGGCGCUUCAGGAAUAUUUCAUAUCAACCUGCUGGACCGUUUUCGCGCCACUCAUACUUCUGACAAUCGUUGCGUUUGGGAUUGUCGCCGAUCUCAGAGGCUUAAGCGAUGAAGACAGUAAUCCACUUCUUAUCGUAUUCCUCCACUAUUUUUGA